AGGGCCUACAAGGAUCCCUGAAUCACAAUCGAACUGAACAAGAAUGAACCUCAAGCGAGCGUGUGUAGAGCACGUAGAGCACGACGUGCUAGGUCAUGGCGGACUGCUUGAUGGCUCACAACCUCCCACCCAUGACAGACCGACAGCUGAAAGGACAAGAGCCUCCAGAGUGGACAAGUACUAUCAAGCCCGCAGCCUCGUCCUGCCCCGCCCAACCUCGAACAACACUGCGUCUGCUGCUUGUCCACUCACAAGAGAAGUGGAUCAAGUCAACAGGAGAGUGUAAACUGUAAAUCCAGAUCUUUGGCAAUGAGGAUGAGUUGAAACCUUGAAUCUCGUCGAAGACCACAGCUAUCCGUUUUCCGCCCAAACUGAGGAACAUGUUUACAAAUCCGAAACCAGUCUGGCCUCUUGGACGACUUGUUUCAUUGGUCAGGCUUGCCAUUUAGCCCUGUCCAAUGUCAUCUGAACCAGGAUUAAGUCAUGUCAGUACUGUGAGGUUUCCAACCAAAAUGUGGGUCUGGUUGAGUCUUUGGAUGGGGUUUGUGACGCCCAUUUUGGGAAGUUACCGUCAGUUCCAUGUGGACAAUGCGGAUUUGUGCAAUACGGGACAGCUUUUGAAGACCAAGACUCUGGAUUUAGGCUCAGGGGCUGCCAUUCUGAAGCUGCAACAUCCUUCUAUAUCAUUCCAACCUAAUUAUCAUAAUAAGGCUAAACGCUGCGAGAUCCAUGUGCGGGCUUCCGAGAACUACGGCCUCAUGGCCUAUGUGGAGGAAAUGCACUUGCGACAAAGCUCCAAAGACUCGAAUUGUGUGGAUUUUAUCCAGUUUGGUAAAGACGACAUCGUACCGUUCAUGACUUUGGACAAGAGUAGCCGUAUCUGCGGUCAGCGCAACGGGCGGAGUGAUAAGAAAGAUGGGUUCUUCUAUGACGAUCCCGCUGGGAAUCUUUUGAUCUGGGUGUCUCUUGGUGGUCGGCGACAAACCUCGUCGUGGCCGCAAAUAUCGAGUGUGAAUUUAACCGUUAUUAUCACUAGCUAUCAGAAGCAAUGUACCAAACCCAAUACGGGCUUUAAGCGUUGUGCCACUCGCGAUCGGUGCAUCUGGAAGCAUUACUUCUGUGAUAGACAUUUCAAUUGUCCGGCGGAUCUUAUUCCGGCCGAUGAAGAUGGGUGCAAUUACCAGGCCGAGCAUUCCGAUGAGUCGGAUGAUGAGAUGGACGAUGAAGAUGAAUCGGACGACAACGCCGUGAAUGUGAUCACUUGGACCUUGAUCAUUGUGGUUUGUUCGCUCAUUGUUCUCCUACCUAUUCACAUCUGCCUUCAAAUGAGACGGAACCGUAAAUGUUGCGUCCGCUCCGCCUCCAACUCCGAGGACCCAGGCAACAGUUGCGAUCUUCCCGAAAACCAACAACCCCGAUCUCUUAUUGAACUCAAUCGUCAGAGGCAUCUCCGCGAAUCGGAGGCCAAUAUCUACCUUCCCUUGACUGCCUUCGUGGACCAGACCUCGGUCCAGCUACCUCCCACUUCCUCAGAGACGCGUCUUCCAGCCUCGGAUGGCCAUCUUCUUCCAGACGAAGAGCCUCCGCCGGCAUACGAAGAGUUGUUUCCUCGUUCGCCGGAAAACGAAGGCCAUCUAGUGUCGUUCCAAACGGAGAGUUUGGAUUCUAGUCAAGAAGACGCUCCUCCCGUUGCGGCCUCGGAGAACCAAGCUUUGGACAACAGUCAGACUUCCUUGCGGCAUCAUCUCAGUGAGGCUCUGGCCUCCAAUGAAAAUCUACCGCGUUCAUCGUUAUUGAACGCAAACGCAAACGAAUAAGCCCAAUCAAAAUAGAAUUAAUGCUCGCUCAUGAUGAUGAUCACCCUUCAGCAUCAUUUUGAAGUCGACCACGCUCUCAUUUGGCUUGCUUGGGCCUUGAAGAUCUGAUACGCGAUGUUUCUGCUCAAACUUGUAAGAAUAAACGGAGAAUUUACAUACAUAA